AUGCUAUUCUGUUAAGCUAAAUUUCAUCAUAAUUCAAUAAAUAAAUAAUCAAACUCACUUGCUCAACCCUUUUUUGAUAAUCUUGUUUCAAGUUUUUAAAGUUUCUCUUUAUAAAGAUUCUCACACACUAUUUACACAUCUUAGAGAGAUGUCGAUCUCCGGAGCUCUGCUUAGUGGGAUGAGUUCUUCGUUAUUCAUCAGCGGAGGCAAGAAAAGCGGCGUAGGCGGAGGAGCUAUGAUAGUUGGCCGGAAGAAUGUGAACUUUGCACCUCGGCGUAAGAAUUUGUGGGUCCCAACCGCCGUGAAAGAUGAUGGCAAUUCAAAGAACGACCCCAAAUGGCUCGACGAUGCCUCACAGAAAGCUGCCGAGUUCGUGAAGGAAAAGGGAAGUGAAGUAGGAAACAUGUCUGCUCAAAAAGGACAAGAAGUAAAAGAUCACAUGGAGAGAGCAAGAAACUACUUUGUUGAGAAAGCUGGUGAAGCGAUGGACACAGUCGCUGAAAAUGCUAAGAGAGCUUCGGAGUUUGUGACUGAGAAAGGCAAAGAAACGAAGAAAGAAACUGUUUCAAUGACGGAGAAAACCAAAGACUUCAUUGUUGAAAAAGCCGGUGAAGCCAGAGAUUCGGCAAAGGAUAUGAGCAACAAAACGGGUAAGUUCGUUGGAGAUAAAGCAACGGAUGCAAAAGAAGCGAUAUCGCCUCCGAAAAAUGAAGUAUAAAUUGUGAGG